CAAGUCUCGGAAUGCCCCAUUACAGUGCAUCGGAUUUUCACAAACCUCGGUUACUGGAGACAAUCUCCUCACCUGUCGAGCAGCCUGCUGAAGCGCCGCAGCUCGCCGAAGAAGAGGAAGAGGAGCAGAACUUUGAGGUACCUCUUUCCAGAGAAGAAAAACCUGAGGCGUAUCCAGAUGGACCUAUCUGUGUCUAUGACCCUAGCAUUGACCUCUAUCUCGAGCCCACAGCCGAACAAGCAAGACAAUAUGAUGUGAUCAUGAAUGUAGCGAGCGAAGUACGGAAUCCAUUGUUGGGACUCAACGAGCCUGCUGCUACCGAACCCGAGCUGCGGAUAGAUGGUGGCGGAGGAAUUCAAUUUGCGCCCAGGAAAGAACGUGACCAUUUAGUGGUCAAGAAGGAAGACGCGUUGGCACAGGAUGGCUCCUCUCCAACUACGCCGAAAGCCUCGCCACUGAACGCAACAUUUCCCGUAAAGGCUGCAACUGUCCAUGAUCCGGAAUACAUUCACAUCCCUUGGGAGCACAACAGCGACAUCGUCCCAGACCUACUGCGAUUAUGCAAGCUCAUUGACGAGAAAGUUACGCAGGGGAAGCGUAUAUUGAUACACUGCCAAUGUGGUGUCUCGCGGUCUGCAAGCCUCGUAGUCGCUUACGGUCUCUACAAGAAUCCCUCGAUGAGUGUCCAGGAAGCCUACGAUGCCGUGAAGAAGAGGAGCAAAUGGAUUGGGCCCAACAUGAAUCUCAUCAUGCAACUACAAGAGUUCCGAUCCAGUUUAGCAAGAGGUGGUCUCCUCACAGCCAGGAGUGCCAUGAGCCCUCUCAGCCCAGGCUCGGCGUUGAGUGAAUGGAAUGGUCCCUUUGCAACGAUUUCGCCAGCCAUGCGCAAUGAACCUCUAUCGGCAGUCGAGACACCGUCCGCCACCGCCGCGAGUAAUGGCGACCGCGGCGUGCUAAGCCCCGGACCCUCCUCCGCGCCAUCUGGAUUCCCAUGGCCACUCCCGAUCUCUGCGGCCCAACGGCAACGGUCGGUCAGCGCUGUUAAACCUGCCACUGCUUACGUCGAUCCAUCUGGGCACGUUCUAGCUGUACAACCGGUGCUUCCUGUGCUCCAAGUCACCGCUGCAGAUGCUGGGCACCGGAAACCACCCGGUCCUGUGCGACAAGUAUCAUCACCCCAAGGGUUCAGCACUUUGACCACCGAGUCAGUUGGAUCGCCAAGAUCUGUUGAGUUUGCCAUGACCCCUCUUCAACCCUCGAAAGAAGUCGAGGCUGCUGAUGACUUCGGUAUAAUGUCGCCGACGUCGACAGAAUUUACAACCAGUCGCCCAUUCGACAGAUCAGCUCUGCUUGCGCAACUCGGUAUGGGAUCAAUGCGCGCUGAUGAAGAAACACCCCGUCGUUCCAUAUCGUUACGCAAUCGACAACAAUAUACAAUGCGGACAGGACAAUGCGAGCAAAGUCGGAAUUGCUUAGAUGUAACGCAACCCCGACGGCUUCGCGGCAAGGUUUCAUCUCCCUCGCUGCAUGAACAACAAGAGCUCCAAGCACUGCAAGCCAAGAUCGAAGCGGACCUGUCAAUGCAACGUAAUGCUGGCUCACCACAAUUCAACCAGCUUUCAAGCACAGCAGAAGAGCCACUCAUGUCGCCACGAGCGACUGAAUUCACGAGCAAUCCUUUUGCUCUCUCGCUCGGCGUUCCUCCUCCGACAAGCGAGAACAAUAACCACAAGAGCAAUAAUGCUUCCCCGAGGAUGUCGGACAUCGACCCAAGAAGUCCUGCACAUAAGGGAGCGAGUCCGAUAACGCGCUCGAUACUGGAUGUUUUAUGAAAGCGACGAAGCGAAUCGAAGAACAAGACACAGCAAGUGUACAAGGCUACUCAUCACAGAGGGAAGAUGAGAGGGCCAAUAUAACCCAAUCUCAUUUUUGGGCACCGGGAGUUUUAUGGGCUACAGCGACAUCUUCGUAGCGCUGGCGUUCGCUGUUCUUUUUGGGAUGAAGUCUUACUGGAUAUACAUGGAAUCGGCGUUUUCUACUCUUGGAUGGAUGGGUCGGUGGAUUGCAUUGAGGAAGGAGGGAAACACCUGACCUGAAGCACCUUUCGCGAGGCGUAGGAUUUGACGAUCGGUGUGUGAAUUGUUUGGUUGGUUCUUGUGGAUGGAUGGUAGACGAUGUGACCCAUGAUGGAAUGGUGGCGCAGAAAUUCUGCUGCUGCCGCCUUGUACAAUUAGCUCCUUUUCUUCACUGUGAAUGGAAAGAAAUUCCUUCGCUUGAUCGUAAUCGAUACGAUUUUUCC